AAAAGAUAGCAGAGUUAGUAUUGGAACAGUGUGCAUUCAGAUUUUGAGCACGACCGAGUUUUUCGAGAUUAUUCCUUUACGAGAAAAUUUUCUCAAGGUCUUUUUGGAAGAAUUGGGUGUCAUCUUCAAGAAUAUAGGUGAAGAUAAUGGCGUGAAAUGUUUCGAGGAAGCCAAAAGAGAAGCAUUAAAUAUCGUCAGAAUUUCUUUCAAGGAGGGUCAACGGAAGCCUUCGGAAUUAUAUAAUCAUGUAGUGAAUUGUUUUGAUACAUCGAAAAAUCAACACCCCAAAAAGAGAGUUCCGAUCAAUAUUAAAUCGAUCCUGAAGAUAUCGAAGACCAUUUCAUUGUUGCACUUAUUCCCGCCGGAGUAUUUCGAAAAGCAGGAAAUAAACGUGUUGGUUACAUUGAUGCUUCUCAUUGAUAAAUUUGUGUCUCUGUCGCAAUUUCAGAAGGCAUCCGAUAUCUCAAUUAUGUUGAAAUGCUCUAUAUUGUGUCGAAGUCUUGUUCGCAAUUAUAUAUCAAUGGGAAUUAAACCGGAUGAUGUUAUG